CCAGGCCGUCCGGGGAACCCAUGGCUGCGGCGGCAGCCCCCUGGGGGCGGGAGCGGGGAGAGGCCCGCGCGCUCGGCCGGGCGGUGAGGCUGCUGGAGCGUCUGGAAGAGCAAUGCAGGGACCCCCGGCUUGCCUCCAGUCCCCCCUCCCUGCAGGACCUGCUGCCCCGCACCGCGCAGCUGCUGCGCGAAGUGGCCCACGGCCGGCGGGCGGCCGGCGGAGGCGGCCCCGAGGGUCCCGGCGGCGCGANGGACUUUCUCGUCGUCUACCUCAACAACCUGGAGGCCAAGAGCAGGCAGGUGGCGGCACUGCUGCCGCCCCAGGGUCGGAGGGGUGCCAACGACGAGCUCUUCCGGGAGGGCUCCAUACCCAGGCGGCAGCUGGCCAAGCUGGCCCUCAUCUUCAGCUACAUGCGUGCGGAACUGAGCGCACUCUUCCCUGCGGGGAGGUACUGCGGUCACGAGUACCAGCUCACCCUGGCCCCGGCCCACGCCUUCUGGAGGGAGCACUGCGGGGCCCGGUGUGUGCUGACCUGGGCUGAGUUUGAGUCCAUCUUGUGCACCUGCCACCCAGUGGAAUCCGGCUGCACGGCCCUGGCCUUGCGCUCCACAGUCAGCCUCACCUGCAGCGGCCACGUGUCCAUCUUUGAGUUUGACAUCUUCACCAGGCUCUUCCAGCCGUGGCCAACGCUCCUCAGGAACUGGCAGCUCCUGGCAGUCAACCACCCGGGCUACGUGGCCUUCCUCACGUACGAUGAGGUUCAAGCACGUCUGCAGGCCUGCAGACACAAGCCAGGCAGCUACGUCUUCCGGCCCAGCUGCACCCACCUGGGACAGUGGGCCAUUGGAUACGUGAACUCAGACGGCAGCAUCCUGCAGACCAUUUCUCUCCACAAACCCCUGUUCCAAACGCUCCUGGAUGGAGAGAAGGGAGGCUUCUUCCUCUACCCGGACGGGAAGAACCACAACCCGGACCUGACGGAACUCUGCCAGCUAGAACCCCGUCAGCGUAUCCAUGUGUCCGAGGAGCAGCUGAAACUAUACUGGGCCAUGAACUCCACGUUCGAACUCUGCAAGAUCUGCACCGAGAGGGACAAGGACGUGAAAAUCGAGCCGUGUGGACACCUGCUGUGUGGCCCCUGCCUGGCCGCCUGGCAGCAGGGUGACAGCCAGACGUGCCCCUUCUGCCGCAGUGAGAUCAAGGGCCAAGAGGCUGUGAGUAUCCAUUCAUUUCAAGGGAAGCCAGAGGCCACGGCCACUGCUGAGUUCCUGAGGGACACCAGUGACCAGGAAGAUGGGGAGGAGCUGUGGCAGACCCCUGGAUUCAUCAAGCUGCUAUGA